AUGACUGCUGGCUUCAUACUCGAUUGGGUUGGUUCAUUAGCACCAACGUUGAUGGGUCUAAUAAUAGCAUUUCUUCUCUUAAUAUUUGCAUUGAGAACUUUGAUUCAUAUCUGCUGCAAUGAUAAAAAUAAAGUUCGACCCAUGAAUGAUCAUAGUGUUACUGUAGAUUGUGCUCGUUUUUUGCUAUGCAGUCGACCUAUGAAUCGCUUUGUUGCACUCAAUUGUAACUGUCCAUGUUAUAUUCCUAGACCACGUUUACGUUUUAUUGUUCGGCUAGUUUUCUUAUUAUUCAGUAUUCUUCUGAGAAUACUUGCCAUUAUUUUGUAUGCAACAUCGAAAAGUAAUUCAACAGGUAGACAAACAUUACCACUUCUUUGUGCAAUGUCAUUGUUUUUUCCAAUUUCAUCACUAUUGCUUGAUUUCUAUCAAUAUCGUAUUUGGUGGCAUUAUCGACCAUCAUGCGACACGUUACCUCGACGCACUCUAUCCCGCAAACACAUUCGCUAUAUACCUUAUCAUCUUAUUGGUAAUUAUCGGAAUGAUAUGCAUAUGGGAAAUAAACCAUGCGAUUCUAUGAGUCCAAAUGUUAAAUGUUUAAACCGAAAUUUAGAACAUUUGAUUAUAUUCCAUUUAGAUGAUUAUAAGCCGCAAGAACGUUGGGGAUUAUUGCCACCGAAUGAAGCGGCAACUUACGUUGGCUUUCAUCGUACAAAAUCGUAA